GAGGGGUCAAUCAAGCCUCAACAGCCAUGGACGUGAGAGUCUGUUGCCUCUUGCUGUUUGUCGCCGCAUCGUGGGUGCCCAGCCUGGCCUAUGACUUUGUGAUAAGGCCCAGACACGGAGAACUCACUGUCCUUCACAAACGAGGACAAAACGCCAGCCGUGAAGACACCAUUACGCCCAAGCUGGGAAUACAACCGGUAGAUAGCAGUCAUGAAGGAACCAUUAAGCUCAAGCAGGGAGGAAACCCCCUGGCUCCCAAACUGCUUGAAAUCUUUGGGAAGCCCAGGCAGGAUGGAGACCCCGUGGAGUGCCAAGGAACAAAAACAGUAAUAGUGGGUAACGAGGGGAUCAGGAUCACCAGCCCGAAUUACCCAAACAACUAUCCCAACAGUGAAGACUGUGUAGUGACGAUUAACGCCGUGACCAAUGAAUGCAAGCUGGAGAUUAAUUGCGAUGACUUCCAGAUACAGGAUUCUGAGAAUUGCAGAAAAGACUUCCUGCUGAUUAGGGAGGAUAGAUUGACGAAGGAAAAAUUCUGUGGUAACGAGGAAUUUGUAUACAUGAGUAACAAAGAAACACUAAAACUCAGGUUCAGAUCCAAUCGGCAGAUAACAGACAAAGGAUUCUCUUGCUUCGUUCGCUCCGUAUGUCCAACGUGUAACAUAGGAUCCUGUCAGUGCGGCGUUGUUAAUUCAGCGAGGAUCGUGGGCGGGGAAGAGGUAGAUCCUCCCAACAAUUACCCGUGGCAUGUGGGAAUAAAGUUUCUUGGGAACAGUAACUACUGGUGUGGCGGCUCCAUCAUUAACGACCAGUAUGUCCUGACCGCCGCCCACUGUGUUGACGACAUAACAUCUAUAGAGGGGCUGGUGGUGGGCGUGGCUGACCACAACAUGGCAUCCACCGAUGAGGACAUACCGGACGUCACCCGCCUGGUAGCCGUUCAGGAGAUUAUUGUGCAUCCUGAUUAUAAUUCCGCGACCAUUGACAGUGAUAUAGCGCUACUCCGGUUGUCAGAAACGCUGGACGUGUAUCAAGGCGAUCAGAUUCGCCCCGUGUGUCUGCCCGCCGAUGAUUCCAGCACCUAUGCAGGUGAAAUGGCCACAGCGACAGGUUGGGGCACACUUGAAUCUGGGGGAAGUCAGUCAUCAGUACUGCAGGAAGUCACAAUGCCUAUACUGGAACCCUCUUGCCCCGGAAUGCCUUCGAGUUAUAUCACUGAAAAUAUGCUGUGUGCUGGCCUUGAAGAAGGUGGUAAGGACACCUGCCAGGGGGACUCAGGAGGUCCGCUUGUGCAAAAUUAUUUUUCCAAGUACGUGCAGGUUGGCAUCACCUCCUGGGGCUUUGGAUGUGCCGACGCUGGCAGCCCUGGCGUGUAUACGAGGGUGAGCAAGUUCCUUGACUGGAUCUGCGCUAAUACUGCUGACGCCACCUACUGCCAGUAGUGGUGCCAACACUGCUGACGCCACCUACUGCCAGUAGUAGUGCCAACACUGCUGACGCUAUCUGCUACCAGUAGUGACUCACCUUCCUACCUUGUUAUUCUGACACAUUCAGCAGAAACCCCCAAAGGUGUGAACAAUAAAAUCGCAAUAAGC